AUGAAUUGGCUCAAGCAGACGUACGAUCUCCCCCUGAAGCUCCUAUUGGCCAAUGUUGCCGGAACCCAGGAACCCAUCUAUGGUCCUGAUGCUAUUCAACCCGUCAGCAAGCAAGCAGAAAAAACGCCCUACACCGAGUUGAAGAAGGAGGAUCUCAAAUGGAGAGCUCCUCAGUAUACCUCUGUGGAGACCCAGACCUUCUACAUGAUGGCCGAUGAUGGUACUCUAGCUUGGGUGCAAGUCAUCUACAAUAACAUUGCUGGCCUUCACACAACUUGCCAAUUCAACACCAAAAUCUACUCGCUCGACGGCAGUGCGCCCCAUCUCUGGCAUUCCGACACUCUUUAUAACCACCUUUUCGACCCGGACAUGUACUCUUUCGGGGCGGAUAACCUCGCAUUGACACUCAAUGAAGCAGGCGACGCCUACACAAUUAAAUCGGCUGUCAACGAGAACAGUCUGGUCAACCUGACCUUCGCCCGCAAAGCUCCUGGUGUCGUUAUUGGCGAGAACGGUACUUCAUACUUUGGAACUGACCAUGCCAACCCCUGGGGUUCUAUGUCUCAUGCUUUCUGGCCUCGUUGCACUGUGGAGGGUACUAUUACUACUAAGGAGAAGACUUUUGACUUGAAGGGGCUGGGUUUCUACUCCUUUGCACUCCAGGGCAUGAAGCCCCACCACGCUGCCGCUCGAUGGAACUUUGUCAACUUCCAAGGCCCCUCAUACUCGGCUUGGUUGAUGGAAUUCACAACCCCUCCUUCAUACGGCUCAACUGUCGUUAGCGUUGGAGGCGUUGUCAAAGACGACAAAAUUCUGUACGCAGGAUCGACAAACACUGCAACACAUUUGGAAACGCAUACCGAUUCUGACAAUGACUGGCCCGAGCCUAAGAGCAUCAAAUUCACAUGGGACGGAAAAGGCAAGGAAGGCAAUGAGCUUCAUGCUGAGUUGGAAGGAUCCCUUGGCAAGAGACUCGACAGGAUAGACGUUAUGUAUGAGCUUCCUGGAUUUGUCAAGUCGUUUGUUGGCAGUGUUGCUGGCACCAAGCCAUAUAUCUACCAAUACUCUCCCCAAGACAAGCUCACGCUCAAAGUCAAGGAAGGCGAAACCGAGGUUUCGGAGCAAGGCAGCAUGUUCUCCGAGGCUACCUUCAUCUCAUGA